ACUGUGCCUGGCCAAAAAGAGAUAUUCAAAAACUCCCUCUGACUGUGUGUGCUGAAGGCUGAGUGCUGAUGCCAUUGCUUAAUUAAUGUUGUUCAUGAUCUCCAUUUAGGCGAUUUGUUUAACUCCUUGUGGCCCUUUUUGGACUUAGCUUAUCAUGUGACAUUGACAAAUUAAUGAGAAGUGAGCAUGUGAUGAUGCUUGGAUUAGGACAGAAAUCACAUCUAGCACAUCUCAGGCCCUUUCUACCUGGGACCUGAGACCUCAAAUCUCUUGGCAGGAGAGGAGUGGGUCUACACAGCCCGCUUCUGAGGUAGGUGUGGCUAGCCUCAUUUAUGCGAUGGGAAAACUGUGGUCUGGGAACUAAGGGUUUUCAAAUUAUGCUCUUUGCCCAGGGCUGGAUGUAGGAUGUCUGGGGGAGAAGCUAGACUGAGAUCUGGGUACACUGAGCCUCCACUUUAGGAGGUAACCUAGAGACUACACCUACUCCCUAAACUGUAUUGACUUUUGGAAGUCAACCAUUUGGAAGAGUGUGGUUUUGGUUUCGAUCGUAUCCCAGCAGUCUUUUCUCUGCCCUUGUUAAUCUGAUUUGUGAUCUGGACCUGGGCUGGCUGGAGGCUGGCCAUGUCACUCUGCAGACCUUGGACACCCCUGAGUGCCCUCACAGAACCAGCCAAUGGAAAAGUACAGUGUCUUCUGGCUUCUCAGCCUUGCCAGCUCCCUCUGGCCUAUUUGAUACCCUCUUUUAUAUUAAGGGAGUGGAAAUGUAGCAUCCAAACUGAAAAUGCAGGUUUUUCUUUGGUUUUUUUAUAGGAAAAACAAAUUGGCAUGAACACUCAGUCAAACCAGCUCAGGCUGUUUGGGCAGAUGCCUUUCUUUGCCUUUUUCUGUUUAUUUUCCUACAAAUCAAUGCUUAACUGCGUUGUUAUCGGAGCAGAGCAACAGGUGCAAAAAAAUAACUCUGCUGCCAACUCAAAUGAAACGGUAGGGCUUAUACCCUCUGGGAGGUAUUCAGAAGAUAACAGAAGCCCCUGCCAGCAACUGAAUUAACAGCUCUGUUUACGGUGGGUUUUAUGUUAACAACCUGCUUCUGACCCUCCUACACAUAAACACACCAUUGUCUUGGAGAGAGACAUUCAGCCAUCCGGACAACCCACUGCUUUAUUCUGCCCUGAGUGGAGAUUGGUUUUGGCUCAGGCUGCUUUGUGAAACCCAGAAGCAUUAUCCUGUCUGCCAACUCCACGUCCUAGUCAGAGUUUUCUGUGAAGGCAAGGGCAUGGGGUUGCCGGAGAGAAGAGGAUUGGUCCUGCUUUUAAGACUAGUUGAAAUACUUUUCAAGAUCAUGAUUCUGGAAGGAGGUGGUGUAAUGAAUCUCAACCCCGGCAACAACCUCCUUCACCAGCCGCCAGCCUGGACAGACAGCUACUCCACGUGCAAUGUUUCCAGCGGGUUUUUUGGAGGCCAGUGGCAUGAAAUUCAUCCUCAGUACUGGACCAAGUACCAGGUGUGGGAGUGGCUCCAGCACCUCCUGGACACCAACCAGCUGGAUGCCAGUUGUAUCCCUUUCCAAGAGUUCGACAUCAACGGCGAGCACCUCUGCAGCAUGAGUUUGCAGGAGUUCACCCGAGCGGCAGGGACGGCGGGGCAGCUCCUCUACAGCAACUUGCAGCAUCUUAAGUGGAAUGGCCAGUGCAGUAGUGACCUGUUCCAGUCCACACACAAUGUCAUAGUCAAGACUGAACAAACUGACCCUUCCAUCAUGAACACCUGGAAAGAUGAGAACUAUUUAUAUGACACCAACUAUGGUAGCACAGUAGAUCUGUUGGACAGCAAAACUUUCUGCCGGGCUCAGAUCUCCAUGACAACCACCAGUCACCUUCCUAUUGCAGAGUCACCUGAUACGAAAAAGGAGCAAGACCCCCCUGCCAAGUGCCACACCAAAAAGCACAACCCGAGAGGGACUCACUUAUGGGAAUUCAUCCGCGACAUCCUCUUGAACCCAGACAAGAACCCAGGAUUAAUAAAAUGGGAAGACCGAUCUGAGGGCGUCUUCAGGUUCUUGAAAUCAGAGGCAGUGGCUCAGCUAUGGGGUAAAAAGAAGAACAACAGCAGCAUGACCUAUGAAAAGCUCAGCCGAGCUAUGAGAUACUACUACAAAAGAGAAAUUCUGGAGCGUGUGGAUGGACGAAGACUGGUAUAUAAAUUUGGGAAGAAUGCCCGAGGAUGGAGGGAAAAUGAAAACUGAAGCUGCCAAUACUUUGGACACAAACCAAAACACACACCAACUAAUCACAAACAAAGAACUCCUGGACGUAAAUAUUUCAAAGACUACUUUUCUCUGAUAUUUAUGUACCAUGAGGGGAAAAAGAAACUACUUCUAACGGGAAGAAGAAACACUACAAUUGAUUAAAAAAAUUAUUUUGUUACUUUGAAGUAUGUCCUAUAUGGGGAAAAAACGUACACAGUUUUCUGUGAAAUAUGAUGCUGUAUGUGGUUGUGAUUUGUUUUCACCUCUAUUGUGAAUUCUUUUUCACUGCAAGAGUAACAGGGUUUGUAGCCUUGUGCUUCUUGCUGAGAGAAAGAAAAAAAAAUCAGAGGGCAUUAAAUGUUUUGUAUGUGACACGAUUUAGAAAAAGGUGAUGCAUCCCACAUGUAAGCAUCCAUAUGGCUUCAUCAAGGGAGGUGAACGUGGUUGCUGGGUUGAAUUCCAGGGUCUCAGAUGGUGAGGACAAAGUGGAUGAAUGCUGGGAAAUUUAACCUGAGCCUUAGGAUCCAGUGAGUGGAGAAUGGGGACUUCCAAAACUCAAGGUUGGCUAUAAUCUCUGCAUAAUCACGUGACUUGGAAUACUUAAAUCAGCAAGAAGAAUAAUGGUGGGGUCUUUAUACUCAUUCAGGAAUUGUUUAUCUGAUGCCAGGGCUGUCUUCCUUCCUCUCCCUUGGAUGGUUGGUGAAAUACUUUAAAAAAAUUGCCCUCUCUGCUUACUUCUAGCUAUUUAAAAGAGAGCCCAGCUUGGUUCUUUUUUGCUCCAAGUGCUUAAAAAUAAGUUGGAUAAAGGAGACGGUGGUGUGGAAAUGACUGAAGAGUUUGCUCUUGUAUCCCUAUAGUCCAAGGUUUCUCAAUCCGCACAGUUGACAUUGUUUGGCUGGAACGUUCUUUGUGGUGAGGGCUUUCCUGUGCAUUGUAAGAUGUUCAGCAGCAUCCACUGAUGACCUCUAACCACUUGACACCAGAAAACCCGCAGCUGUGAUAAUCUAAAAUGUCUCCAGACAUCACCAAAUGUUCCCUGGGGGGCAAAACUGCCCUUGAUUGAGAACCACCAGUUUAGCUAGUCAAUAUGAGGAUGGUGGUUUAUUCUCAGAAGAAAAAGAUAUGUAAGGUCUUUUAGUUCCUUAGAGUGAAGCAAAAGUAAGACUUCAACCUCAACCUAUCUUUAUGUUUUAAAUGUUAGGGGCAAUAAGUUGAAAUAGCUAGAGGAACUUCUUUUCAGAAUCCCAGAUGAGAGCCAAUGUCAGAUAAGGUAAACAUAGUAAUGUAGCAGAAACUACAAUAGAAGACAUUUUCACUGGAAUUACAAAGCAGAAUUAAAAUUAUAUUGUAGAAGGAAACACCAAGAAAAGAAUUUCCAGGGAAAAUCCUCUUUGCAGGUAUUAAUUCUCAUAAUUUUUUGUCUUUUGGAUUAUCUGUUUACUGUGUCAUCUGAACUGAUUCCAAGUGAAUGGUUUAUUGCCUAGAUUUUUUACUCAGAGGGUUGUUUUGUUUUGUUUUUAAGAAAAGAAAGAAAGGAUGAAAAAAAUAAACCGAAAACUCAGCUCAGGCACAAUUGUCACCAAGGAGUUGGAAGCUUCUUCUUCAAUAGAGGAAUUGUUCUGGGGGUCCUGGAGACUUAUCAUUGAGCCAUGCAAUCUGGGAAGCACAGGAAUCAGUAGACACUUUGAAAACGGAUUUGAAUGUUCUUACCCCUUUUGCAGCUUUUCUUUUGGGCUCUCUCAUGUCCUUGGCUUGCUCCUCCAUUCUACCUGUCUUUCUCCAGCAAUGAUAUGCAAAUGAAGACAUGUAUCAGUAAGAGGGAGUGCUCUUCAUCAACUAAUAGAGCACCUACCACAGUGUCUUCCCUGGUAGAGGUAAGCAAUUCAUAUUCAAAGGUUGUAAAGUGUUUGUAAUAUAUUCACAAGGCUAGAAGUAGGAAGAGUCAAAAAUUUGUCCUAAUUAUAAUGAGAACCAUUCUAGGUCAUGAUCUUGGAGGACCCAUGAAUAAGUUUCCGAAGGUGCAACCAAAUCCAUUUUUAUUUCUGCCUGACUUAGUCACCUCUGUAAAGGUUUAACUUGGUGUUGUCAAGUAACAGUUACUGAAAGAGCUGAGAAAAGGAACAAUGAACAGCAAAGAUCUUGACUAUGCAACUCAGACAUUCCUGCAGAAAAGACAUAUGUUGCUUUACAAGCAAGGCCAAAGAACUAUGGGGCCUUCCCAGCAUUUGACUGUUCAUUGCAUAGAAGGAAUUAAAUAUCCAGUUACUUGAAUGGGUAUAAUGCAUGAAUAUUUGUGUGUCUGUGUGUGUCUGAGUUGUGUGACUUUAUUAGGGGUAUCUACCAAUGCGCUCACUGCGGUUCCUUCUCUGACUUUGCCUGUUCAUCAUCUAAGGAGGCUAGAUCCUUCUCUGAGUUCACUCUUCCUCAAACCUGUAAGUUUCUCACUUCUUUCAAAUUGGCUUUGGCUCUUUCUGCAACCUUUCCAUUCAAGAGCAAUCUUUGCUAAGGUGUAAGUGAAUAUGAAGAGUACCAACUACAACAGUUCUACAGAUAAUUAGUGGAUUGGGUUGUUUGUUGAGAGUGAAGGUUUCUUGGCACCUGGUGCCUGAUUAAGGCUGGAGUAUUAAGUUCUCAGCGUAUCUUUCUAUUGUCUUGACUUGAGUUUGCCGCAUUUUCUACGUGCUGCUUGUGACUUGGAGAACGUAAAGUAAUCGAGUUAUGCCAGCUUGAGGUGGGAACAGAGUACUUCCCACCACAGUGUUGAAAGGGAGAGCAAAGUCCUAUGGAUAAGCCCUCCUUCCUUUUGGGGAUGCAUGGCUCUCACUUGAGAAGCUCACCUGUGCUGAACGUCCACAUGGUCACUAAUCAUGUUAUCCUUAAACCCCCCUUAUGCCUGAGUUGAAAGGCCUCUCCCUUAUUAGGUUUUCAUGAGAACCUGAGGCAGCAAAUCUAUUGCUAAGACCUUACCAGGCUCAAAUCAUCUGAGGCUGCUAGAUAGUUAACUUGGUAAGACUUAAGCAAGGCUCUGGCUCCCAGGGGCAUAAACAACAGUUUCUUGAAUGUGCCAUCUGAGAAGGGAGAUCCAGGUUAUGAGUUUUCCUUUGAACACAUUGGUCUUUUCUCAAAGUUCCUGCCUUGCUAGACUGUUAGCUCUUUGAGGACAGGGACUAUGUCUUAUCAAUCACUAUUAUUUUCCUGUUACCUAGCAGGAAACAAGUACACAACAUAUAUUUGUUCAAUGAAUGAAUGAAUGUCUCCUAAAAGACUCCUCUGAUUGGGAGACCAUAUCUAUAAUUGGGAUGUGAAUCAUUUCUUCAAUGGAAUAAGAGCACAACGGCACAACCUUCAAGGACAUAUUAUCUACUAUGAACAUUUUACUGUGAGACUCUUUAUUUUGCCUUCACUUGCGCUGAAAUGAAACCAGAACAGGCCGUUGGGUUCCACAAGUAAACAUAUGUUGGAUGAGAAUUCUGUUGCCUUGUUGGGAACUGUGAGACUUAUCUGGUAUGAGAAGCCAGUAAUGAACCUUUGACCUGUUUUAACCAAUGAAGAUUAUGAAUGUGUUAAUAUGAUGUAAAUUGCUAUUUAAGUGUAAAGCAGUUCUAAGUUUUAGUAUUUGGGGAUUGGUUUUUAUUAUUUUUUUUCCUUUUUGAAAAAUACUGAGGGAUCUUUUGAUAAAGUUAGUAAUGCAUAUUAGAUUUUAGUUUUGCAAGCAUGUUGUUUUUAAAAUGUAUCAAGUAUAGAAAAAGGUAAAACAGUUAAGAAGGAAGGCAAUUAUAUUAUUAUUCUGUAGUUAAGCAAACAUUUGUCGAGUGCCUACUAUGUGCACGGCAUGGGCCCAUAUGUGUGAGGAGCUUGUCUAAUUAUGUAGGAUGCAAUAGAUCUUGGUAGUUAUGUAUUGAGCAGAUACUUACUGUAUGAAUGAAAGAACAUCACAGUAAUCACAAUAUCAGAGCUGAAUUAUCCUCAGUGUUGCUUCUUGGAAUUCAGUUUCUGGAACUAGUGAUAGAACAUUUAUAAAAAAAAAUUCCUGUUGAGACUAUGUCUUAUGAACCUCUGAAAUGUACAAGCCUUCACAAGUUUAACUAAAUUGGGAUUAAUCUUUCUGUAGCUAUCUGCAUAAUUCUUGUUUUUCUUCCCAUCUGACUCCUGGGUUGACAAUUUGUGGGAAACAACUCUAUUGCUACUAUUAAAAAAAAAAAUCAGAAAUCUUUCCCUUUAAGCUAUGUUAAAUUCAGACUAUUCCUGAUUUAUGAAAGAAUUAUAUUUUUCAAAAUAUGUUUAUUUGUUUGAUGGGUCCCAGGAAACACUAAUAAAAACCACAGAGACCAGCCUGGAAA